GACUCAUUACUCACUGAGACGAAGUACGGUCCAGCAAAGUCCCGGAUGACUCCGGUGGAAGUGCAGAUUCCCAUGUGACCAAUGAAAGGAAACAGCCAUCUGGAUGAGAAACGGGGGGCGGAGGGAAGAAACCCACAGGGCAUGUCCAAGCUGAUUCGUCUCUUCAUGUGGAAUGCCAACCAUGACAACAAAAUGCACCAGUUUCCUAGCCACCAGAAAGGAAGGGAAACUUCCGGGAGGAGGUUGAAAGCAGCUUGGUGCACAAUUCUCACAUUAACGACCUAAUCUGUUGAAUGUCGUCUGUCUGCGGCUGGGCGAAGAAAAAGAGUCUGCUGCGGAAAUAAGGACAACAAGGGUCCACCCUUUUGUCGUCAGCACAGGCAGCCAUGGCGACCAUGGUGAUGGAAAGCAUUGGGCGAGUGUUCAUCAGCCGGCAGCAGAUCCGGCAGGUACCCCGACUGCUGACCAAGGCGGCGCCCUCCAUGCCCGGCACCGUCACAGACUCCGAGGUUCCUGCCUACUUCAGGGAACGCUACAUCUCCGCGGGUUACAGACCGCUCGAGCAGAGCUGGCGCUACUACUUCCUGUCCCUGUUCCAGCGCCAUAACGAGACCAUAAAUGUCUGGACUCACCUGCUUGCCUUUUUAUUGCUUCUAGUUAAGCUUCGCCAACUUGCAGACAUGGUGGACUUUGUCAAUGACCAUCAUUCGUGGCCCUUGCUCAUCCUCGUUCUGUCUUCCCUAACUUACUCAGGAUUCAGCGUAUUAGCUCACCUGCUGGGUGGAAAAUCUGAGCUGUGUCACUACUUGUUCUACUUUCUGGACUAUGUUGGGGUAGCGCAGUACCAGUACGGCAGUGCUGUGGUUCACUUUUACUAUGCAGUAGAUGAGACCAUGCACAGAAGCAUGCGAGGACUCUUCAUGCCUACUGCCACCAUCCUUAGCUGUCUGUCUUGUCUUGGAUGUUGCUAUGGGAAAUACUGCAACCAUACCCGACCUUGUUGGGUGCGUAAGGUGUGCCAGGUAGUCCCCUCAGCGCUGGCCUAUAUGUGGGAUAGCAGCCCCGUGGCUAAGAGACUCUUGCUUUGGUCCAACGAUGAUCUGGCGGUCGCCUACCACUUCGGUCAGGUGGCAUUCUUUCUCAGCUGCUCUUUCUUCUUCACCUUCCCCCUGCUGGAGCGCUACCUCCCUGGACGGUGUGAUUUUGUGGGCCAAAGUCACCAGGUGUUCCAUGUUUUGCUCUCUUGCUGCACUUUCUGUCAAAUCCAUGCUUCCUACUUGGACUAUGUGCACCGCGGGCAACUUUAUUUACGUCUGCAUGAAAGCGACGAUGCCGCUCUCUUUGUGGGAUUGUAUGUGCUCACACUGGUUGGAUGUGCACUGAUCACGGCCUUCAUGCUGAGGAAAGUUAAACAUGUUCUUGACUUCAAACUGAAGUUAAAAUAAAGAAGUAGUCAGCUUGGGAUCUUAGUGCCUUUCCUAACAGAAAACAACAUAUCUGGAGGGAUUUCCUUUUAUUAACAAACUGGACUAGGAUGGGGUUUUUUGUGUGUGCAUUUCUAUUGAGAUUUCUUUAACUUAUUACUGAAAUAAUAAUAUCACUGCCUCAUUACAUUGCCACUGCACUGUACUGCUAUAACUAAACAUAGGAACUGUGUAGCUGCCAUUGUUGAGUUUUUAGCUUGUUUAAUGCUCUGAAGGAAUGGUCCUAUUUGGGCAUAAUUUGGUGCACAUGCAGAAAAGCGAUGGGUGGCAUCACUAUCUAGUCACCAGAAUGUCUGUUCAAAACAGCAAUGGAAGGUCACCAGACACAGAGCAUGUAUCCUAGAACUAUUUGGGAGUGUUACAGGAUCAAAAUGGAGUCUAAUGGUCUUUUUCCACUAGCACUUUCUCAGCGAGACUCAACUCGGCUCUACUAGUAAUGGUUACAUGAUACCAACCCUUUUUUCAAUAGUUACUUUGCUGGGGAUGCUAAGCGUGUGGAGUCUUGCUGAAAACACAUCUGAAGACUGUUGCCCUCUGAUUGAAAGGUGGCGCACAUGAUCCGCACAAAAACCUUAGGCAGGAGGCCAAGUCGCAGGGGGUGGGAACGAUGCAAUUGGUCCGAGCUCCUGGCUUCAACACAAGUUCAAUGCAUCAACUGUAAACCUGUUAGCCUACAAUACACUGGGUGAAACCCUGGGGAGUCACUGGUUGUAUCACAAGAGUGAUUCCCUUCCACUAAUCAGACCCGCCAUUUGUAAAGACCCACAACGCCACUGAGCGUAGUUUAAGGAACUUUAAAGAAAUUGGCAACAUUGAAAACAACACCAUAGACUGUGAUUUAAGGUGCAGAUUGUUUUUCUGCUCAUGCUCUGUUGGUGUCACAUACAGAUCACGUCGUGCUACUUUUGGACUUUAAUACUCAGUAGUAAUGUUGAGUAGAUCCAAGCUGAGCCGAGUCAAGUCGAGCGUACCAGUGGAAAAGAGCUGAACAUUGGGUUGCAUAACACUGUUUGCAUGACUCGCCUAGUUUAAUCUCCUUCCAUGAGCAGAUGAAGGAGGAACGAAUGUUAAUCGUACAAUGCAACCACAAACCCUUUAUGUCACUUCUUUAAGCCACCAUCAUUUUUUUAAUGAUAUCCAAGGCAGCCUCUAACUAGUGACCUUCCUAUUCUUCUUCUUAAUGACUGAUGCUACUGUGCAACUGCCUGAUUACAUUUUGAUUCCAAUCAUGAUGCCACCCACUGUGCCUCUGGAGCCUACGGUGUUUGGACUGAAAUCAUUUCUAAACACAUCACUGGUAUGUGCACCAAAAUUAAGUCUUCAUAGACUAAUCCAGUUGGAUCCGUAGCUAUUUUUAGCAUAUUAAAUGUACAUUUUUUAGUUUUUUAUUUACAGUAGGAGACACUAUAUUUUCGUUUUUAUGAUGAUCAGUUUAAAUAUAGGGUAUGGUCAAAUGAUAGCAGAGAUGUGACAUUCCUCUUGAAAAAAAUGAAGCUGAAAAUAUAAAUAGUUUUGCUCUGAGAAGUUAAUGCUCUGUUUUGUGUCAGUCUUAAUAAGGCAGCACUGAUUGAAUGUUGCUUUUAAAAAGGCAUUUCCCCUGUUUUCCACAAAACGUCAUCAGACGAUGUGGGGUGGCCAAUCACUUGAAGCUUAAGGAUUUAAGCUCUCAUUGUUUUAUCGAUGUAGGUUUUAAAUUUCUGAAAUGGCACCUUAAAAUGUUUUCCACUGUCAAUCUGAGGUUUAUAUCCUGUUAUUUUUUUGUGAGUGUUUGUACGUUGUUCCAUGAAGAUCACGAUUUCAUAUCAUUUAGAUGGAAUUUUCUUUCUGCCAAUAUUGAAUGUAUUUUGUCACGGAGGGGAUGGUUGAGUCAUUUUGAAGUCAGAUCUGGUAAGAAGUUAAAAGGCUUAUAUCUUCAGUAGAUGCCUCUAUUGGUAUCUUCAUUUAGUAGAAUCCCGAUUACAGUGGAUCCCGGCGUAUUCGCAGUUCAGAAGUCGCAGAUUUUUCCAUGGAACUCCAAAUUAUUAUGUUAGCUUCAGCCUCCAGAAACAACUCACCGGGAUCUAUGGUAAAUGAAGACACCAGUAGAGUUACAUUCUGCCGGGCAGACACUAACAACAACUUUAACAUUUCUGAACUAUCUCCUGUGGUGGUCAUGAGGGAUUUAUUGUAUUACAAAAUAAACGUGCCUUUUUUUGUUAACAUAUUACAACCUGUAUAAUGUCUAAAGAGCUGUACUGUGCCUUUUGUAUUUUCUCUGUUUCCCUUGAGUGCUUAGUAAAACUCUGAUACACUGUG